AUUUGACUAGAUCGGGGUUUUUUAUUCAGAUAUUUUUAAUACACAGCCUUUUUUUACAAGUGUGAGUUAUUAUAUACAGACAGUACAAAGUGCAAAUGAUCAAUGCGACGAAACUCUCACGAGUAUUGCACCAGAUUGACGAAUAUAAUAUCUGUUCAGUGGAACUACGACGGUUCACUUCAUCUGAAUUUAUAACAUUAUAGCAGAGAAAUAUAAUCAAUUUCUUGUUAUGGACUAGAAGAGCUUUAAAGUUCUUACAGAGGAAGUACCGACUUGUAGUAGAUAUGGGUGGCAACGUGUCCCGGAAGCAGAAGCGGCCAGAGAGCUCGGCGGACCAGUUGCUUCCGCCCUCCGUUCCCACGACGCCCACGUCUCCAGACCCCCUCCUUGCACGCGAUCCCCUCGCGGCCCUAGCUACAAAACCGUCACUUGACACCAUGGAGGAAAGUAUCGCGCCCAAGGAAUACAAAAGACGCUGGGUAAUGCUGCUACUAUUUGUGGCGUAUUCAUUUAGCAAUGCAGUGCAAUGGAUUCACUUAAACAUUAUAGGAAAUGUGAUAAUACGGUAUUACAAUGAGAGUUUACCGGAAGAUUCGUUCCAACAGGAAACCGCCAUCGACUGGCUGUCCAUGAUUUACAUGCUGGUCUACAUUCCACUCAUAUUUCCGGCCACCUGGCUUCUAGACAAGAAAGGAUUGAGAAUCAGUUUGAUAUGUGGUGCAUUCCUAAACGCGUUAGGUGCUUGGGUCAAGUGCGCAUGCGUGUCGCCGGACCGGUUUCCGGUACUGAUGUUUGCUCAAACUAUAUGCGCGAUUGCGCAGAUCUUCAUCCUGGGGAUCCCCGCGCACCUGGCGGCCACGUGGUUCGGGCCAAACCAGGUAUCCACUGCCACGUCCAUCGGCGUGUUCGGAAACCAGGUUGGCUGCGCGGCGGGUUUUCUGAUACCACCGCUUCUGGUACCAAACAGUGACGACCUGGACGUUGUUGGGAAAGACCUAAGCAUCAUGUUCUACAUUUGGGCGGGCCUCUGUACCGCCAUCUUCAUAGCCAUCUGUGUCGUUUUCAAGAACAAGCCUCCACGGCCGCCGAGCAAGGCCCAGAUGCUUGCAGAUACCAGUGGGAACCAGGAAAAUUACUUUGGUUCCCUAAAGAAUCUGUUCGGAAAUAAAGGAUUUCUUUUGCUGGCCCUAACAUACGGCAUCAACACUGGCUGUUACUAUGGUAUUGGGACGUUACUGAACCCAAUCAUACUGCAUUACUUCCCAGGCCACGAGCAGAAUGCGGGACAGAUAGGCCUCGUUCUCGUGCUGGCGGGGGUCGUUGGCUCUGUAAUGGCAGGACUGUGGCUUGACAAGACCAAAACAUUCAAGGGCACGACCGUUGGUAUCUACUUGCUGUCCAUGGCCGGAAUGGUGGCCUUUACCUUCACAAUGGACGUAGGCCUCAUUUGGGUUGUGUUCAUCACCGCCGGCGCUCUCGGGUUCUUUAUGACCGGAUACCUACCCGUUGGUUUUGAGUUCGCGGCGGAGAUCACCUACCCAGAGCCCGAGGGAACCUCUUCCGGCUUGCUCAAUGCUUCCGCUCAGACGUUCGGGAUAAUCAUGACAAUCGGUAUGCGGACGCUGCUGAAUCGCGUGAGCGUCAUGUCGGCCAACAUCACGGUGUCGGCCGCCCUCCUCGUCGGCACAAUCAUCACAGCGCUGAUCAAGGCGGACUACCGACGACAGGAGGCAGGCAAAAGGGCAAUCGGUUACCUGGACAACGUGCAGUUUGACUUCAAUACUUCCAACAAAGAUAAAACUGGUGACGGUGACGUUUGACGUCAGCGCUGUCCGUAUUAGUUCUACGUCAACGUGUGGGAAAUUUCUCCACCCAAGUAAAUACCAUGCGUUGAUAGAUCCAGCACUUUAGUUAUAGUCUACAAAUUCCAAGUGUAUGAAAUAUAUGGCGAUAAGGUCUAUGCAUUUUGGCUGUACAUAUGCUUAUACAUUUGUAUUAUAUUAUAACGAUGUAUAACUGUUGGUUGUGAUACAAAUUCAGCGUAUACAGCCACUUCUGUCAUAAUUUGUAUUGUUUUUUGCACUUUAUUCGUAAGUUUCAGUUGUAUCCAUAUACAUUUGCCUUUAUGAACACAAUGGGCCGAUUGAUUAGAACUUCGUUAAAGUUAACAACGUUGUUAACGACAUUGCUGUUAACUUUGAAAUCUUUACUGAUAUGGACAAUGCAUAGAUUCCCUUGUGAUCUUCAAGAUUUGAUACAACUAUUUCAGUUGAACGGGUUUUAUCUAAAUACAGGAGCUCAUCAUCAAAUCAUUUAAAAGUUAACAACGAUCUCGUUAAUUACAUUGUUAACUUUAACAAAGUAAUGAAUAAUCAGCUUGAUGUUGCGUGAAUUUGCCUUAAGUUUCCAUCCACAUGGCAAAUCAAAAUUAGCGAAGUUCUGAACAACGAACCGAAUUUUGUUCCGUGAGUUGGCCUUAAUUUCCCAUCCACAUGAUGCAUCGAAAUACAUUCCACUUUGUUGCCUUUAGCAUACAUUUGUGUACAAUACAUGAUACAAUGUUUUUGUUUUUUUCUCCAUGUUUUAUUAUUUUGUAACAUUUUUCCGUAGUUGCAUGAUUUUAUUAGGACUCAAAUGUGCUAUAUAUUUGCAUUCUCAUACACCAAAGUGAUGAUGCUAUGCGUACCACGUAAGUUAUCUUAUCAAACCUCUGAUGAAUGAGUAUUUGUUACAUGAUCAUAUUUAUAAAACUGCGGUAUUACCUAUUAGUCAGCAGAUAAAAUAUAAAUGGUAAGACUGCUAGUAAUAAAGAUGACACACCUCCCAUUUGGGUACGCGUUAUUCGGUACGCAAUU